GGGGAGAGGCGAGAGGUUUAGUGUGUGGAGCUGCUCGCGCUCCGCCCGGGCUGUCAGUCCCUGCUCCAGCCGCGGCGCGAGACCUUCCCGGAGACGCGCACACACACAGCGCACCCCCCACACAGCGCACCCCCCACACACCGCACACCCUCGCUCCCUUGCUCACACACACGCACACACUCAGCCUGGCCGAGCAGGAGCCACUGACCAUUUUGCAAGUGCUGGGACCAGCUGCAGCGCGGUGGGCACAAACACUCCGCGUUCCCAUUCUGGGUUUUCGUCUGGGAGAGGACGACGAGUAGCGAGCGUGGGCUCCGACGCCGACCAGGCGCCGGGCACUGGUCGGGCCGCCUUCCUGGCAGAGCCGCUCCCUGGGACAGGCGCGGGCCUCAACAGAGAGUGGAAUAAAGAGGAGCGGCCGCAGCCACUGCGCGAGGAGGAUGGGAACUCCCCUAUAUCCAGCACUGUAACAAACGGAUGGAAAUCCUGAAUGGAGAAACCGCUGACUUCAUUUGCUUGGGAAAAUCGUCCAGAGGAACUCAAAUUUGGCUACUCUGAGCAGUGGAGGGGGUGUCCAUGACGUGGCAGGGGGAAAAUAGACAACCGAAACCUCCUGUGUGAAUUGCAAACUGUGACCAAGCAAGGGAAAAAUGAUUUCUCUCUGUAUUUUAAUUCCAUCCAAAGGGUUUCAAGCAUCUGUACCAUAAACUUACUUCUAUGUCUUGUACCCACUUCAGCAGAAACCAGAGGAGUCCUGUCUGGGGGCCCCAUCAUUAUCCAGGAGACCUGCCGCCAGCGGCCUGCUUUCCUUUACCCACCUCUCUCUCUGGAUCGGAUGUCUGUUUGGGGUACUACAUCUAUUCUAUAGAACUAUGGUCAAAUUUCUAUGAAUUUCUGGGACUUAACUCCUGGAACCUACAUGUGGGGCUGGAAUGAUGCCCAAUGCUUCUAAAGAAAUGACAUUUUAAACUGUUUUUAAAAAUACCUUGGUUUUCUUAAACCCCUAAAACAGGAUUUGAUAGGCUUACAAACAUGACAGGUAAGAACUUUCUCUCUUUCUAGUCUCUUAACGACUGUCGCAGAGGAGGCCGAAUCAGAGCAGGACCCAGGAGGAAGGAGAGCCCAGGGACCCGUGUGCCCUUCGGGGCUCCCGGGCUCGGCCGGGUAACUGCUAUCGGGAGAGGCGAAGCCCUGGUUCCUGGACCACAGACCAGCCACUGGGGUAGCUUCUGGGGCGCGCGAGGGUAGGGCGGUGUUGCGCUCCACCUGCCCUGCCCGGGACGCAACGCUGGGGCGAGGCGUCGAGGGACGAACCCAAAUCAAUAUUGGGAUUUUUAAUAAAACCAAGGAAUGGGAUUUUAAUUAUUCAAAACACAGCUUCUCUGGACCAGAUGCUGUUGGGAUGGUCCUGGUCACACAAUAUUAAAGAGACCGAUCACUAAGAGGACGAGAAGAGUGUCUGAGACAUCCCUUGCAAUUAGGAAUAAACCAGACUCGGUAGCAUGGGGCAUUGAUUGCUGGUGCCCAACCGGACCCUCCUCCCCUCUCCCGGUUCCUCCCCCACCCCACACGAGGCAGGCUCCCGCGGCGGCCGGGACCUCACGUCCCCGCAUCGUGGCCAGGGCUGCAUUUUUCAUGAGCCCGGGGUGAACAGGUGCGAAGUGCGCUGGGAGCAUCCGGCCGACGGCCGGGCACCGGGAACAUGGAGAGCGAGCGCGACAUGUAUCGCCAGUUCCAGGACUGGUGCCUUAGGACUUACGGGGACUCAGGGAAGACCAAGACGGUGACCCGUAAAAAAUACGAGCGGAUCGUCCAGCUCCUCAACGGCUCCGAGUCGAGCUCCACGGACAACGCCAAAUUUAAAUUCUGGGUCAAAUCGAAGGGCUUCCAGCUGGGCCAGCCCGAUGAGGUCCGCGGGGGAGGCGGCGGCGCCAAGCAAGUGCUCUACGUGCCGGUCAAGACCACGGAUGGAGUUGGCGUAGAUGAGAAGCUGUCUUUGCGGCGAGUAGCUGUGGUUGAAGAUUUCUUUGACAUUAUCUAUUCGAUGCAUGUGGAAACAGGGCCAAAUGGAGAACAAAUUCGAAAACAUGCUGGACAGAAGAGAACUUACAAAGCAAUUUCAGAGAGCUAUGCCUUCCUACCAAGAGAAGCGGUGACACGAUUUCUAAUGAGCUGCUCAGAGUGCCAGAAAAGAAUGCAUUUAAACCCAGAUGGAACAGAUCAUAAAGAUAAUGGAAAGCCUCCUACUUUGGUGACCAGCAUGAUUGACUACAACAUGCCAAUUACCAUGGCCUAUAUGAAGCAUAUGAAAUUGCAGCUGCUAAACUCACAGCAAGAUGAGGAUGAAAGUUCAAUAGAAAGUGAUGAAUUUGACAUGAGUGACUCAACACGGAUGUCAGCUGUGAACUCUGAUCUUAGCUCCAAUCUUGAGGAAAGAAUGCAAAGUCCCCAGACUCUUCAUGGCCAGCAAGAUGAUGAUUCUGCUGCAGAGAGCUUUAAUGGCAAUGAGACUCUGGGGCACAGUUCAAUUGCUUCAGGGGGAACACACAGCAGGGAGAUGGGAGACUCCAACAGUGAUGGCAAGACUGGGGUGGAACAGGAUGAACAGCCACUGAAUCUGAGUGACAGUCCCCUCUCUGCACAGCUGACUUCGGAAUACAGAAUAGAUGAUCACAGCAGUAAUGGGAAAAGCAAAUAUAAGAAUCUUCUAAUUUCUGACCUCAAGAUGGAACGAGAAGCGAGAGAAAAUGGAAGCAAGUCUCCUGCCCAUAGUUACUCAAGCUAUGAGUCUGGCAAAAAUGAGAGUGUAGACCGAGGCGCCGAGGACCUGUCACUCAACAGGGGGGAAGAGGAUGAAGAGGAUCACGAUGACCAUGAUGAUUCUGAGAAAGUUAACGAGACGGAUGGUGUCGAAGCAGAACGGCUGAAAGCUUUUAAUAUGUUUGUCAGGCUGUUUGUAGAUGAAAACUUGGACCGAAUGGUCCCAAUCUCUAAGCAGCCCAAAGAAAAGAUCCAGGCUAUCAUUGACUCAUGCAGGCGACAAUUCCCUGAGUACCAAGAGCGUGCCAGAAAACGUAUACGUACUUACCUCAAGUCCUGCAGGCGGAUGAAAAGAAGUGGUUUUGAGAUGUCUCGACCUAUUCCUUCCCACCUUACUUCAGCAGUUGCAGAGAGUAUCUUGGCUUCAGCCUGUGAGAGUGAGAGUAGAAAUGCUGCUAAGAGGAUGCGUCUGGAUAAACAACAGGACGAGUCUGCUCCAGGGGACAAACAGUGUAAACCAGAGGCAGCCCAGGCCACCUAUUCAACGUCAACAGUUCCGGGCUCACAGGAGGUCUUAUACAUCAAUGGAAAUGGGACCUACAGUUACCAUAGUUACAGAGGGCUAGGAGGAGGACUGCUGAACCUGAACGAUGCUUCCAGUAGCGGACCCACCGAUCUCAGCAUGAAGAGGCAGCUGGCAACUAGCUCGGGCUCCUCCAGCAGCUCCAGCUCCAGACCUCAGUUGAGUCCAACAGAAAUCAAUGCCGUGAGACAGCUUGUAGCAGGAUAUCGAGAAUCAGCUGCAUUUUUAUUGCGUUCUGCAGAUGAACUGGAAAAUCUCAUUUUACAACAGAACUGAGUCAAAUGAUGACCAUAUUCACUGAGUUCUAAAUUUGCAGUUUCCACUAAUGACAUUUUGAUUUCCCAGCAGAGAUACUUCUGGUCUUACUGCACAAUCUUUUAAGAGAAAUACUUCCAUUAUGCCACAUUGUCCUUGAUCCGUAAAGUGAUGUGUUAAGGUGCUUCAAAGGAACUUUGGCCUCUGAAGCACUUGAGAUACUUAAAUUUGUUCAGCCUAUUGCUUUUUGUUUUAAUGUGUCAGCAUAAGUAUCAUGGGCAAAAAAAAAAAGAAAAAAAAAGGCUGCAUAUUCUUAAUUCAAGGAUAACUCAGAAGAAACUUGUGGUAUAAAAAUAAAUAGUUCAAGAUCCAACUGAAAUAUUAGUGGAAUUUGCUACUGACUCAUUGGACUGAAAGCAGAAGUAUCUGGCAAAAAAAAAAAAAAAAAAAAGCCAAAUUUCUUGUUGCUACAGGAUAUAACAACAAUGAAAAGGAUCUUGUAUUUUAAAAGAAAAAAAUAUGUAAUUUUUAUAAAAAGAAAACUUGUUUUUCAUUCAAAAAUUGUCAUUUUUACUUUGGUAACUUUUUCAUAGGUCCUAAAAGAAAACUGUUUUGAAAAAUUACUGUAAGUACCUUUUCCACAUCCCUUUGCCUUCUCCUCUUUCCAAAUUCUUUCUACAAAAAUAACACUUGAUGCUGGAAAACCCCUUGCCUACGUUCUUUAAAUCGUCACAUCAGGAACUACUUCUAUGAGAAGCCUGCAUUUCUGCACUUAUGCCUACUUCAAAAAAACCAAAAAAAAAACCGCUCCAGAUUGCAGCUUUGCCAUACCAGUUUUCAUCACGGGAUUUUUUUAAUAUUAAAAAAGACGUGCUGAAAAAAAAAAUCACACCUUGGUUUCCUUAGAGCUGCUCACUCCUGAUUGCCGCUGCUGUCUUACAAGCACCCCUCUAGCAGCAAUUGGAUGUAGAUGACUGAAUGUUGAGGUUGCAAGUGACAAUCUGAAAAUUUGCACUCGUGUGUAGGUUUUCUUUUCAUUUUUCUCUAUCAGAAAUAGUUUCCAAAAAAGACUGUUAUGUCUGCUGAUAUGAUUUGUAUACUUUACAGUUUUAGCUAAAAUAAAGAACUCUCAGCAGAUGCAGCUGCCAAUUACAAUGAACUGUUCCCUCCAGUACCUUGCCCUUCUUUCUUCUUUUCUAGCAUUGGAGACACAUGAGUGGUGUUUUCUUUGUGCACUUGAAGCAAGCCUAUUUUAAAACUAUUUAGAGAGAAAUACUUUAGUUUAUGCUUCUUGUAUGAUUUUUUUUUCUGUUGUUUCGCUUCGGUUGGAUUACAAAUUCUUUGUGCAUUCCUGAAUUUGCCUUAUUUCAUGUAAAUUUCGUGUCAUUCGGUUUUUGACAAUGAGUUGAAGGCAUCAGUGAUAUUUCUUACCUACUUGUUACAUAUGGUUUCUCAAGUAAUGACUGUGAUUGUGACCAAGUAAUGUGCACCUUUUCUUGUAACUGUGGACAUUGCUAUGCUUUUUUUCUUCUAGUGUUUCUAGAAUUACUGUUCCUUACAGUUACGUAAACAAACAAAAACAAAAACAAAAAAAAAAAA